AUGGCGGCCUCCUCGGAUGUUCACGUCCGAAUUUGUGGCCAAGAAAUAAUAAAAUAUGACCUAGAAAUAAAAGCCCUCAUUCAGGAUAUCAGAGAAUGUCCGGGUCCUCAAAGCGAGCUGAUGGAUUUAAACUCAAGAGUCAAAGAGAAAUUCGGUCAACUCAGACUUCGGAUUGAGAAUCUGGAGCAGAUGGCAAAAGAACAAGAUAAGGAGACGGACAAACUAGCUAUCCUGAGUGAGUCAGAGAGCCACCGGAAGCAGAUGUUGAGUAACCAGACAGCAUGGAGGAAAGCCAACCUGGCCUGUAAGCUGUCCAUUGACAGAAUGGAGAAAGAGGAACUGCUUCAUGGUGGUGGUGCCUCAGUGAGACAGAGAAAGACGACAAAAGAGAGCCUAGCCCAGACGUCCAGUGGCAUCACAGAGAGUCUGAUGAACAUCAGUCGAAUGAUGUCACAGCAAGUGCAGCAGAGCGAGGAGACUAUCAGCACAUUGGCCACGUCUUCAAGGACGGUUCUGGAAACCAGCGAGGAGUUUAAGGCCAUGACAGGGACUAUACACUUGGGGAGGAGGCUCAUCACCAAGUACAACCGGCGGGAGUUAACUGACAAGCUGCUCAUCUUCCUGGCCCUGGCGCUCUUUCUGGCCACCGUCCUGUACAUUCUGAAGAAGAGACUCUUUCCCUUCAUGUAGAACCCUCUUAUUUUCCCCUCUGCUUCACAUUUGGGGUGCUAUGAUGGAAAAAUGCACAAUACCGGCAAAAAAAAGAAAACAUGCAGUCUUUGAAUCAGGAUCAUUCAAAGGAGAGGUCAGAAGUGUCAGUACGGCAUUUCAUUUAUUGUUAGUUGUUAUUAUUAUUACCCUCAGCUGUUCUGUGAAACAGACCAGGGAAUUUUUGUGGUUGGUAUAUACGUAUAUGUAUUACUUGCAGAAAACAGUGCUAUUGUGACCUGAGUAAAGAAAGAAAAGUUUUUCAGCUGAGAUAUUAAACCUUUCAUGCCCUCACAUUUAUCACAGUGAAAAACUAGUUCUGAAUGCACUUUGCUGGUAUACUGAAAAGUCAAAACAUGUAAGAAAAUACAUUUUUUAAGAAAGUGGACUAAGAGUAACCACAGCUACAUUUCUCAACCUUGGGCCCAGUUCAGUCUGACAGCGACUGCUCUUUACCCUCAAUUUUUAAGGAAAUGCCCCCC